UGGUGUAACUAUUUUGCUCUUAGCUUAAAGUUGGUGUAACGGUGCGGUCCAUGGUGCAUGCUUCACAGUGAAGUUUUUACAAAAAACAAAGAGCGUCGGCCAUGACAGUACACGGUAUAUGAAUACAAAUCUAUGGCUACAGGAUGCUUUUCAUGUUUGCCUCCGUACUGAUAUUCAUGAUCGGAAAACUGUGACUACCGAGGUCCGUGGUUAAACACUUCGCUGUCGCUCGGGGAAAACCUGAGCUCUAUUCCCGAGUGAGGAAAACAUACAAUUGUAUCGAGUAUCACGGACUUUCUGCUGGGAUGUAUCCAUCUCGGCCCUGGUUGGCCCUGAGAGGCAUGGUCGGAAGCCUGCUUCCUAAUUAAUCUAUUUUAUGUCGAUGAGGAGUAAAAACACGUUCAUGAAAUACAGCUAUGUAUAUGACUUAACUGUUCUUUGGUAGAAUAUUAUAAAUUCGUACGGCUACACCUUUGAAAUCAAUAUUGAUAUUAAUUAGAUGGCUGAUCUUUUUCAUCUUUAGCUUGAUCUAAAAUUUUGAAAAAAGUUUUUCUGGUUAUUCAGAACGUUUCGGGAAUAAUUAAAUUGUUAGUGCUAGCCUGAUCUUUGAUAUAGUAAUUAUCAAUUUAUAUACGGUCACGGUUGAGAAAUUUAAAUGCACCAUUCAAUUAACUGACGUUCCUAGAUAGGUCAGUAAACAUGAAGUCUCCUCUUUUUACGCUUGACGAUUUAACCCCCCCCCCCUCCCCCGUCAGGUAAUUCUGCUUUUAUAGCUAUUUCAUUUAUUAUUUUCCAUUUCUUUUCACUACAGAUUCUGAUGUUUAUACUCUUGGUCUUACUUCUUCCGACAUCCGGGAUGGCCACUGCAAACAAAAGCCACUCACAACUUUCCGAAUCAACGCAGACAGGCUUGGUGGACGUUCAUCUCCUGAACAUCUUCAUCAUCAUUUUCUAUGUCGUUGUUCUGGGAAUCGUGAGUUCCUUUGGAAUGAUCUUCAACACCAUCAACGUAAUCGUCUUCUUUAAACAGGGCUUCAAAGACACCGUGAAUAUUACAUUAUUCGGCCUGGCCGUCUCUGAUAUAUUAGCCUCACUUACGCUUCUGUGGAUGAGCAUCUGUUUCAGUCCUUGGUUCAUGAACGCCGACCUGUCCAUUAACCAGCAAGGCUUCACCUACAUCACUGCGGGCUGGCUUCAUCUUUGUUUUGCUCGCAUAUCCAGCUGGAUCACAGCCUGGGUCACAUUUGAGAGGUGUCUGUGCAUUGCCCUGCCCCUCAAAGUCAAAACAAUUAUAACACCAACAACCACGAAUGUCGUGCUUGUCGGCAUAUAUCUAACAAUGAUUGUCAGUGUAGCACCAGUGUACUAUUCUAUCAGUCUCGGGCCCAAGUUUUUCCCGGAAAGAAAUGCGACAAAAAUAGGAUUGAUCUACACGGAGAACGGUUUGUAUACCGAGAACAUUUGUCUCUCUGUCAAUGCCUUUUCUCAGAUUGCUGCUUUCCUCGCAGUUCUCGUCUGCACGCUUAUCCUCGUCCAAAAUCUUCUCGUGAAGUCAAAAUGGCGGCAGUCGACGUCCAGCUACGCUAAACAGGAAUCGGUAACGAACAGAGACAAAAAGGUGGUGAAAAUGAUUCUUCUUAUUUCUGUCAUCUUCAUCGUUUGCUUGUUGCCGGGGACACUCAAUAUCAUUGCCCAGUUCAGCAUCGACGAGUACACUAUGGUUGGUAGAUAUCAGAACUUGUAUUUGCUGACGUGGACAGUUUUCAACUCGAUGGAGGCGGUAAAUUCUACCGUGAACAUCUUCGUCUACUACAACAUGAGUUCAAAAUACAAGGAAAUCCUGAGAGAAAUGUUCAACAGAAAUAAGCGGAAAAGCAUCUAAGAAGAAUCAGGGGUUAUGAAACGUGUGUCUUGUGAAAAUAUCACUGGCGUACGCGUUUAUAAGCCAGUUUCACAAUUUGUUUUCUGAAAUAAGAGAAAAUACACCUAUCUGAGUUCUGAAUAAUAGAUACGUGACGGACAUUAAACACGCUCGUCUGUAAAACAAUUUCAAGAAAAGUUCAUUUGACACACUUCUGUGAGUGAAU